AUGGAGAGGAAAGUGUUGGCGCUCCAGGCUCGCAAGAAGCGGGCGAAGGGAAAGAAAGGUGUGAAGAAGCCGGAGCUUCCACCGCGUAGCUCUGCCCCCGAUCCUCAGGAAGAUGAGCCUCAGGAAGAGGAGGAGGAGGAGGAGAUGCUGGGCUCUGAUGAUGAGGAGCAGGAGGACCCCAAUGACUACUGUAAGGGGGGAUACCACCAUGUGAAGAUUGGGGACCUCUUCCAUGACCGGUACCAUGUCAUCCGGAAGCUGGGCUGGGGCCACUUCUCUACUGUGUGGCUGUGCUGGGACCUCCAGGCCAAACAUUUUGUGGCCCUCAAAGUGGUGAAAAGUGCAGAGCAUUACACAGAGACCGCCCUGGACGAGAUCAAACUGCUCCGGGCUGUACGUGACACUGAUCCCAAUGACCCCGGGCAACAGCGGGUGGUGCAUCUCCUGGACGACUUCAAAAUCUCUGGAACCAACGGCACCCACAUCUGCAUGGUGUUCGAAGUGUUGGGACACCACCUGCUGAAGUGGAUCAUCAAGUCCAAUUAUCAAGGACUGCCGCUGCCCUGCGUAAAGAGCAUCAUCCGGCAGGUCCUUCAGGGUCUGGACUACCUGCACUCCAAGUGUAAGAUCAUCCACACCGACCUCAAGCCAGAGAAUAUCUUGCUGUGUGUCAAUGAUGCCUACAUUCGACGUCUGGCCUCUGACGCCACUCAGUGGCUCCGUUCAGGUGGUCCUCCUCCCUCGGGAUCGGUGGUGAGUACAGCGCCCCAGCCCAAACCCUCCAUCAAGCUGUCAAAAAACAAGAAGAAGAAACUAAAGAAAAAGCAGAAACGUCAGGCCGAACUCUUGGAGAAACGGGUACAAGAUAUAGGAAUGGAUGUGGAAGAAGAAGAGGAAGACAGCCUCCCCCCCCAGUUCCAGGAGACUGAGGUCAAGUUAGAACCUUAUGAGGGACCAGAAAUCAAUGCUAACGGGUUACCGUGUAAUACAUCCCCAAUUGAAAGUGACUCCCAGACAAAUUCUAACACAUUAUCCUCAUCUUUGAGCCUUACUAGUGGAGACAAUUCAGGGCCAUCAGAUUCUGCUUCUUCCUCAUUAAAAUGCAGCCCUGAUGAAGGCCCCGAUCCCAUUCCAGGUGAAGGUAUGCUACCUCUGCAGUCUGUUAAUCAGCAGGACCAUCAGAGUGAAGUGGAGGAGGCAUGCCAACAGCAGAGGAAUGAGGUGACUGAAGAAGAGAAGGCAUCUACAAAAACAGAGGACAGUGAGGAGAAAGUAAAAGCUUCCGACUUCCUCCUAAACCCUCUUGAUCCUCAGAAUGCAGAUAAAAUAAAGGUGAAAGUUGCAGACCUAGGUAAUGCCUGUUGGGUACAGAAGCAUUUUACAGAGGACAUUCAGACUAGACAAUAUCGAUCUCUUGAAGUGCUCAUUGGUUACGGAUACAGUACACCAGCAGAUAUCUGGAGUACAGCAUGCAUGGCCUUUGAGUUGGCAACUGGAGAUUAUCUGUUUGAACCUCACUCUGGUGAGGACUAUUCUCGUGAUGAAGACCACAUCGCUCUGAUCAUUGAACUGUUGGGACAGAUCCCACGCAAGCUUAUUGCAGCUGGAAAAUAUUCAAAGGAUUUCUUCACAAAGAAGGGAGACCUCAAACACAUUUCAAAGCUUAAGCCUUGGGGUCUUGCUGAUGUCCUUCGAGAGAAAUAUGAGUGGUCUGAAGAGGAUAGCACCACAUUUUCAGACUUCUUGCUUCCCAUGUUGGAACUAGUCCCUGAGAAGCGGGCUACUGCUGCCCUGUGCCUCUGCCAUCCUUGGCUACAAACCUAA